UCCUUUCUGAAAUAUGUUACUUCCUGCAUAAUGAAGUAAAAGGAUUUGCUGCUGGGCAGUGCUUUCCUUAUUCUCACAAAGAGAUUACUUAAAAGCCAGCCCUGGGAACUUUGUCCAUGAAUCUCUAUUAGGAAAAAAAGAGUAACAUGGGACUGCAGCUUCCGAGUGUUCUCUGGUUAUAGCCCAUAAGCACUGGCUUCUCACUCUUAUUUUUCCCUCUGGGGAGAAAAAGAAAUAGUUUGAAACAUGACAUUCAUGCUCAGAACAACAGCUAAGACCUAUCAUGCAGCAACAAUGAAGGGGAGGGAGAAAAUAAGAAGCUAUUGAGACAGCUUGUUUUUCUUUGUACAAGACAGGUGCAGGGAGAAUUCUGCAGGUUUUGGACUCCUGACUCAUUUCUUGCACUAAUUGUGCUGAAGGUAGUUAGCAAAAGUGAACAGGCACACUGUAGCUUUAAAAAGUCAGCCAUGAACCAGAAGGCAGUUGGUGCAGCUUGUGUGUGAUUCCUAACGUCAUGUUGGCUGAGAGCCAGCCUGGUUUUAUUUCACUGUGUCAAAUUGUACCUCCUUAUUGAAUUCCUUUGCCAGCCUACUUUGUGAAAGAAAACAUUGGGGUUUCUUUGGCUGUUCUUGAUAAGCCUAUAAAAAAUGAUAUUUUUUAGUUGCUUAUAGUUGCUGAAGUAAAGGAACCCUGCAGCCUUCCCAUGCUAUCUGUUGACAUGGAAAACAAGGAAAAUGGCUCUGUCGGUGUAAAAAAUUCCAUGGAAAAUGGGAGACCACCUGAUCCUGCAGACUGGGCCGUGAUGGAUGUCGUCAAUUAUUUCCGAACCGUGGGAUUUGAGGAGCAAGCUAGUGCUUUUCAGGAACAGGAAAUUGAUGGAAAAUCCCUGCUAUUGAUGACAAGAAAUGAUGUGUUGACAGGACUUCAGUUAAAAUUGGGGCCUGCUCUGAAAAUCUACGAAUAUCAUGUAAAACCUCUGCAGACAAAGCAUUUAAAGAACAACUCUUCAUAGUACAGUCAAAUUGGGGUCUUCGACCUCAAAAAAUACAUAAUGACAUAAUUUAGUUUCAUGUAAUGAAACUUUGUAAACAGAAUACAUACAUGUGUAUAUGUAAAGAAUUUCAAUCAAAUGAAACGUUAUCCUAUUGGAUAGACUAGGCAAUUCAUCAGCUCACCUGAAAUCAGCCAGGAGGAGCAAGGACAAGAUGCGCACAGGGUGGUUUUCCUCAUGGAUUUUGUCAAAUAGAAUGAUCUUUGACACGAUUAGACACUCCUCCCCACAAAGGCUUUGAAAUCAUAAGGAUUUUCCUCAUCUCUUUAUAGAUAGCUUUCCCAAAAUCUUUUAAAAAAGAAUUUAAUUAAAUGACAGUCUUUUGGUUACAGACUUAGGAUGAGUAAAAACAAGAAAAUUUGGGGAGGGGGAGAAAGAAGAAAGGGAUUGCUGUCUCCCUUGAAUUCCUCUGUUCCUUAGAGCUUGUGUUACUUGGACGGAAUUGCCGACACCCUUUUUUAUAGAGGGUUCUCCACUUGACCUUAUUAAGGUUUUAUUGGGAUAUGCUGCAGUGUUUGAAAUGAACAUGCAUCAUGGCCCCUUCAGGAGCAGAAUCAUAGCUCUGAAAAGAGAAGCUCCGUUGUGUACUGAGGAUAUCCAUCCAUAUUCAGCUAGCUUUCAAAUGGGGUAAUGAUAUUUUCUGCAUAGAUUUUCUUUUAAAUUGGUUCUUUGUUUCUGAAGAAAGAAUUUUUUUUAACUUCGUGGUUUUAUUUAUAAUAAUUUGUUUUUGAAGAAAUUUGCUGAGAGUUACAGGUCAAAAAGCCUUGUUACUAGUACAGAAUAUUUUUAUAUAUAUUCCUUCAUGAUGGUGUAAUUUUUUUUAAUUGUCCUAUGCUUUGUUCAGUUCCUGGGUUAAGUACUUGUUUUUAAGAGCUUGGAAAAAGUGGGCUUGCUACAUCUCUGUUCAAAGAGACAUUUGUUCAAUCUCUGUGUGUCAACGCCUUGUUGAAUUGGUGCUUUGUGGUUGCAAUAAAGCAUUGCUUCAGUUUA